AUGGCUGAAGACGGAUCAGAUGCCAAGUCGAAUAAAAGGAGUCGGUCAGAUGAUGACGAUUCCUCGGAUGAAGACAUGGGCCCGCAGCUCCCGUCUGCUGAGGCACCGAAGAAGAAGCGCCGCAAACUCCCAUACGAAAAGCUCUAUAUCUCUGCCCUGCCUACAUCAACAAAAUAUUCGAAGUCCCUUAUGCAUCGAGAGCAGAUCGCUUUCGUUACCCUGACCCCACUUACAGAUUUCUUGAUCACAAGCUCUGUCGAUGGUGUGGUUAAAUUCUGGAAGAAGGGAGCCGAGAGUAUUGAGUUUGUCAAGGAAUUUAGAGCUCAUGCGGGAGAAAUCAAGAGUGUUUCUGUCAGCUCAGAUGGUAGAAGCUUUGUGACUGCUGGGGCCGACAAAAGCAUCAAAAUCUUCGACGUGAUGACUUUCGACCUCUUGUCAAUGUUGACUCAGGAAUUUACGCCGAAAUGUGUCUGCUGGGUUCAUAGACGGGGCGCAUCCUUGCCCUUACUCGCUGUGUCGGACGAGGUCAAUCAUACUAUUCGGAUAUACGAUGGACGUGGGGAAAACCAAGAGCCUAUACAUACCAUUUCAGGCCUCCAUCGAAGCGUUGUAUCUUUGAUGGCAUUUAAUGACGCCUACAACUGCGUCAUAUCUUCUGAUGAGAAUAGUAUGAUUGAGUACUGGCGACCAGACGGGGAUUAUGAGAAACCUGACAACGUUUUUGAAUUCAAAAGCUCCACCAACCUGUUCGAAUUCAAGAAGGCAAAGUCAAUUCCUACUUCUCUGACCAUAUCGCCAUCUGGCACACACUUUGCGACAUAUUCCUUUCCGGAUCGGAGGAUACGAGUUUUUGAUUUCCCCACUGGAAAACUCUAUAGAACCUAUGAUGAGUCGCUGGAGACCAUCGAAGUGAUGCAACAGGCCGGUACCGCUCUCCAGAAACUUGAAGAUGUGGAGUUUGGGAGGCGCCUUGCCACAGAACGAGAAAUUGAUAGUCCAGCAUUGCGCAACAGAGCUACUGUUGCAUUCGACGAGACUGGGCAUUUCAUUCUUUAUGGGUCGAUGUUGGGAAUAAAGGUCAUAAACACCUAUACAAAUAGAGUUGUCAAGGUUUACGGAAGUGAUGAGAAUUUCCGCGCCUUGGGCCUUGCGAUGUACCAAGGACAGCCCCAGAAGAAAGGCAUCACCACAGUAGCUAUGGCGGCGUCGAACAAUCCCCUUCUCCAAGAAUCCGAAGUCCGGGAUCCGAUUCUUUUCGCUACUGGAGUUGGAAAGGUUCGAUUUUACAUGUUCACAAACGAUGAGAAUAUAUCAAAAUCCGAGCGAGAUAUUCACAAUGAAAAGCCAAUCAACCCGAAUGCGAAAAAGGCAGUGGAGAAGAAAACCGCACAAACAGGGACUGCUGCAAUCGUCCAUACUAAUUAUGGCGACAUUCACAUACGUCUCUUUCCUGACGCUGCCCCCAAGGCCGUAGAGAACUUCGUGACACAUUCGAAGCAAGGCUAUUAUAACAACACCAUCUUCCACCGCAUCAUCAGAAAAUUUAUGAUCCAAUGCGGCGAUCCUUUAGGAGAUGGGACUGGUGGAGAAAGCAUCUGGGGCAAGGAAUUCGAAGACGAGUUCAGCACUCUGAAACAUGACAAGCCAUACACGGUCAGCAUGGCCAACGCCGGCCCCAACACCAACGGUAGCCAAUUUUUUAUUACGACCGAAAAGACUCCUUGGCUUGACAAUAAACACACUAUUUUCGGAAGGGCAAUCCAAGGAUUAGACGUGAUACACAAAAUCGAGAACGCUCGAGUGUACAAAGAGAAACCCGAGGAGGACAUCAAAAUCCUCAACAUAGAGAUUAUGUAA